AUGCCAUCUCAAUUUUUUUCUAAUUUAUCGCAAGAUCUCUCGCAACUCCUUGAUAAUGCAGAUGAUUACAAUGUUAGUAUCCAAGUUGGAGAAGGCUCAAGUAUUAAAGAGUUUCGAGCUCAUUCGAAUAUUUUGAUGGCCAGGUCUCCUUAUUUCAAAAGAGCACUUUCGAGCGAUUGGGUUGUAAAAAAAGAUAAUAAUAUUAUAUUUAAUAAGCCCAAUGUUUCACCAAUGGUUUUUGCAAUGAUGCUCAAAUAUAUUUAUACAGGUAUUCUUGACUUAGAUAAGCAAUCUGGACCAGAUAUUCUUGGUCUUUUAGUUGCAUCCGACGAGUUACUCCUCGAUGAAUUAAUUGUUCACUGUCAAGAACAUUUAAUCGAAGAAAAAGCCAAUUGGUUGAGGUUAAAUUUUGUGCAAGUCCUGCAAACUGUCAUUAAACUUAAAAGCUGUAAAAAACUUCAAGACCAUUGUUUAAAAACCAUUUGUCAAGAUCCUCAACCAUUUUUUUCAUCAAAAAUUUUUUCAUCUUUGGAUAGAGAUAUUCUUUAUGGACUUCUUGAACGGGAAGACCUAGAGAUCGACGAGAUAGAAGUUUGGGAACACCUAAUCAAGUGGGGAAUUGCACAAAAUGUUAAUUCAAAUGAUGCUAAGAUGCCUAGUGAUGUUAAUAAAUGGACGGAUAAACAUUUUAUUGCCUUAAAGAAAUCGGUUGAACAGUUCAUUCCGCUUAUCCGACUUUUCGAAAUUUCAUCCAAAGAUUUUUAUUAUAAAGUUCGACCAUACAAGAAAAUACUUCCUCAGAAUAUAUAUGAAGAUCUCAUGUCUCAUUAUCUGGCGGAUACUGAACCAAAGACAAUCACAAACUUAGCCCCAAGGAUGGGACAUUGGCAAAUUGAUUCUGUGAUAAUUAAACCAAAACAUGCAGUUAUCAUCGCUAACUGGAUCAAUCGAGUUGAUGGGAAAUUAGAAAAUAAGAUCCUACCAGAACGGUCCCGUUCUUCAUUAUCGAUUGAAACAGUAGCAGAAGUCUCUCAACAUCUUGAAGAUAUUAAUGAGCCAGAAGAAUAUGAUAACGAAUUAACCUUGACUGCAGAUAGUGAACUAUACAAAGCCGUUACUAAUGCUCAUCUUUACGCGGAAGCGUUUAAAAAGGGACUUCCUGAUGAACCUAGUCAGAACAACAAUAAUGAUAACAGACCAUCUGAAGACCCACCUAAACUAACGCCAAGAUUUUCCGAUAUUUGGUAUAAAUUACUUAAACCUAUCUUUGUUGGCAUAUCGGCAAAAGCAACUUGGCCUAUGGCAAAGCAAGUCCUUAAGGCCGCUGUUGCUUAUUGGCUUGCCUUUGUUAUUGACCUUAUUGUCCCUGCAAUGCAGGAAUUAGGCUCUUUUACCUUCUUGGCAAUCGUGAUGGUCUGCUACUUUCAACCUUCAAGAACAUUCGGUUCUCUAUGGCAGAGUGCUGGUUGGGGAAUCGUAGGUGCCUGCUUGGCUACACUAUGGUCUUUUCUAGGUAUUACAAUAUCUCAAGCAAUCCGUGGUGACAAGAUAUUUAGCAUUCCUGCUAUGUUAGUCAAUUUAUCUUUCUUGGCUAUCGGUACUUUUAUUUUAUCUUAUGAUAAGAUCAAGUGGCAACCCAUGCGUUACGGUGCAAUCAAUGCUAUUAUGAUUAUGAGUUUUAGCUUGACGCAAUCAUAUGUUAAUCCUGGUAAAACAAAUAAGAUACUGAAAAGUUUGCUUAUACCAAUGUUAAUUGGUCCCGCUUGUUCAUUUGUAGUUAAUAUAACAUUAUGGCCAGAGAAUGCUACUACUAAUUACAUACCUUGUCUUCAUAAGACACUUCAAAGUUUUAUUGACUUGCUUGAACAAGAAACAAAUUUUUUCCUUCGUGGUCCGUAUAACCGAAAUACAAUUUCACAGCUUAAUCGAAUUGCACAUGAUAAUAUCCUUAACCUCGAUAUAGCCAAAAAGGAUGCACAACACGAAGUAUCAUAUUCAAAAAUUGGACCAGAAGAUUUGUUGGAUAUUAAUAAAAUUGUAAAAUCCUUACAUAUGAUAUUAGAAGGAUUGGCAUUAAGUGGGGUGAUUGAAGAGGAAUUAAUGAAAGAUAGACAAGAAGGAACAAUUGAGAUUAGAAUCGAAGAUAAAUGUGAUCAUGUUUCGAUUUUUGAUCAGGUAACAUUAAAUACUUAUACUGAUGAUUUACCGUCACCAUCAUCUGUUGGAACAGCAACAGGAUGUGAAGAGGAUUUGACAAAACUUUUAGAAAUUAUUCGACCUAUUUGUACAGAACUUUCAGAAGUAUGUCAAAUGUGUUUGGCUGAUUCUAUGAUACGUGUUGAACAUUUAAAACAUAAUUGUCGUGAACCAUGGUAUAAAAAGAUAUGGCCUUUUUGCCUUAAACCUACACCAAGUCAUAAUCAAAAUGUAAUCGAUGAUCCCAUAGGACAUCUUCAUACUGCUAUAACUAAAUUUGAGAACGCUCGUGUUGAAGGCCUAAACAAACUCUUUGAAGAUAAAUUAAUUAUCAGUCCUUUACCACAAAGGGUGUUACUUUUAAUACUUCUUUUUGAAAAUAGUCUUAAAACAUUUGCAGAAGAUUUGUGUUUGUUAGUUGCAACUAUAAAAAUGUUGGGAAGUCAAAGACAAUCGAAAAAAUUUUGGCUUCCCCCAAUACCAUUCUUCAAACGUACAAGAGACGUAGGAGGAACUGAAGAAGAGUGUGAGAAAUUUUUUGAAUCAAACACUAGACAAGACGAAAAAGAAGAAAUCGAAAAUGAAAUAUUAUUUGACCCCGAUGUAACACCUCCAACUACAUCAUGUCAACGAUUUUGGUAUAAAUUAUGGAUGAUUAGAAAUUGGUUUAAUAGUAUCUACGCCAAAUUUGCUAUCAAAAAUACUUUAGUGGUUACUGCAUUGUGCUUACCGGCAUUUUUACCGUAUUCUUAUGUAUGGUUCAAUAAAUAUCACGGCCAGUGGGCACUUAUUAGUGCAGUUGUUUCAUUUUCACCUACUACCGGCGGAGCCGUCCUUCAAUUUUUUGGUCGUCUUAUCGGCUCAAUUGUAGGAGCCUCGAUGGCUAUAAUCGCAUGGAAAAUAACGGAUGGAAAUAGUUAUGUGUGGACAGUCGGUGGUGUUAUUAUGUUGGUCAACUUUGCAUUAGUCCUUGCAAAUGUCUAUCAGUCCCAAUAUGGAAUGAGUAGUACUCAAGAAUCAAUAAUUGGAAUUGCAAUAAACCGAACAUGUGCCGUAGGGGUUGGUAUCACAUCAGUUUUCUUUAUGAACUUGAUACCUUGGCCACAUACAGGACGAGUUGAAGUUCGUAGACGUCUUGCACGUACAAUGUCCGACAUAUGCGUUUUAUAUUCGAUCACAAUAUCAUCAUUAUUAAAAGACAAUUUAACGGCCUUUUCAAGAACAAGAUCAUUCCGUAAGCUACUUAGUAAAAUAAAACGUUCAAUAGCAAUAGAACGUUUAUUACUCUCACGUACAAAAUAUGAACCACCACUUCGUGGAAACUUUCCAAUCAAACGCUAUGAAGAGAUUAUAGAAAUUGUUGAACACAUGGUUUGCCUUGUCGGUGGAUUAGACCAUAUAUUACAUGAACUGAAUGGAACUGAAUGGAAAACAGAAUUAGCAGAUGUAUUCAAUCCAACCAAAUGUCAUUAUAUAACGCAUAUAUUAACAACAUUUCAUAUACUAUCGACAGCAUUGGAAAACAAAGUUCCUUUACCACCAUAUAAUAUAAUUGCAUCUGGCGAUACAAGAUAUGGAAAAGUUGGAUUAGGCAGUAAGAUAUCAGGAAAGAUUAGAAGGAUAGCAUCAGAUUUAACUAAAGAAGACUUAGAAACUCAUGCAUUUAUUUGUUAUU